UACGGUACUGCGCGAGUUGGGUCGAGCGCAGACGGAUCGCGGGGUGAGCCGUCGCUCGGCAUACGUCGAACUAGGUGCCUCCGUGUUGGGGCGUCUCCUGCCAUCGAGCAUCGGUGUCGUGCAGUCGAUCGGGGGACGACCACCGCCUUCUUCGAGUCAUUGUUAGCCCCGGGACCGGACCGGACCGGGCCGGACCGAGACGAACCGAACCGAAUCGAGUCGAAUCGUAUCGCAUCGUAUCGCAUCGCAUCGUAUCGUAUCGAAUCGAGCCGAGCCGAGCCGAGCCGGACUGUACUGGAAACGUAACGGGGAGAGAGAGAGGAGAGAGAGCUUGGCGCACGGUACCCGCCUGUUCGUUCCGGCCUGUUCUGGCCGUUCGUUGUUUCCUCGACCCUGGAGCGUGGUUCGGACACGGCGAUGACGAUGAGACAACGACGAUGGUACUCGUGGUAGCGCGACCACAGUGCGUCGUGGCCAGUGCGGGCGUCGGCAUCGUCGUCGGUUGUGUACGCGAUCGGACGAGCAAGGAGAUGGUGUCCCCGGAUCGUUCGGAUAUAAGUGACUUGGUUGCUAACGCUGCUGGUGCCGCUGCCGCAAACGCAAACGCAAACGCAAACGCAAACGCAAACGCAAACGCAAACGCUGCCGCUGUCGCCGCCGCCGCUGCCAGUGCCGCCGCGUCCGCGUACAACGUCCCCGACAACGUCCUCGCCGUAGCCGCUGCUGCCGUCGCAGCUACCGUCGCCGUUACCGUCGUCACAGCCACCGCCACCGCCACCGCCACCGCCACCGCUGCCGUUAUUAUCGCUGCCGUCACCGCCGCCGCCGCCGCCACCGUCAACCCUGUUGUGGCUGCCGCCGUCAGUCACGCCACUGCCAAUACUGCCGUUCUCGACGACAACAUCGUCUCAACCACCGUUGCUGCCGUACAGGCCACCGCCGCUUCGUACCUACAGACGACGGUGUAACCCUGCCGUGCGUACAGGUUCGUAGAAUAACGACGACGGUCCCUGGUCGAGCCGGAAGCGAAGAAGGUGCGCCAGAGGAAAAUCGAGUGGUUCCUGGAGCCGCCACGUGACCAGUCGUUUUAUCGCGUCGAUCGGAGACGGAAAGCCUGGAAAUCCCGAUCGAUUCUCACUCCUACGUUCACGUUCGCGUAUGCGGUUAGCUUCGCGACUUCGUCGCCGUCGUCGUCAUCGUCGUCGUUCGUCUUCUCUGCACACGCUUCGGUGGUCACGUGGACAAGCCCGACGCGGAGAAGAGAGAGAGAGAAAGAGAGAGAGGUUGUCGGGAUCGGGAGGAAAAGAAAAAUACGAACGAUUCUAUUCGACGCGUUCUAAUAGGGAUCCUGACUGGUGACCGAUCCCCCCGCGGCUGUCGCUGCUGCUGCUGAUCCCGCUGCUUGCUGCUGCCUCUGUUGUUGCCGGAGCCGAGAGUCGGAGGCACGAGAAACGUCGUGGCGCGAUAAACUAUCAUCGUCGAGCACGAUGGCUUGCGAAUUCUCUAAGUAUACCUCGGAAAAGCAGCAUCGGAUGACGAUGAUGACGGUCUUUAGUUCGUCCCAGCCGAGGAAGACGUUGACGGGGACGAUGUCGAUCGUAUAAAAUUGUCUGUGUUGUGUCCUGGCGUAGCUCAAACGAUGGCCGAUUCACGCGGCUUCAAGCCAAUAAACCAGUUGUGGCAGAGCGCGGCAGUGUCGACGGACCCGGACUCGGAGUGCCUCUACGAAGAGAUCGCGGGCCUCUCGGGGUCCCAGGACACGGAGCCCGGGCCGGCUGGUGCCGCGGUCGGCGGGGAGGCCGAGGAGGAGGAGGAGGAGGAGGAGGAGGAUAGCGAGGAGGAGGAGGAGGAGGUGGUGGGGGAAGGGGAUAGGCGGCAGAGAGGAGGAAGGCUCGAUUUCGGAGCGCAGGUCGGCGGCGGUAGCAGCUGGUGGAGGCAAAGCAAACGAGCGGAGAGAACCGCGAGCGUCGGCGUCGGCGUCGGCGCCGGUGGCGCCGCCAACGGCCGCACCGUCAACGGCCGCGCCAAGGCUCACAAGAGCGUCGGUACUAGCGCGCGAUCGCGCAGCAGAUCGGCCGAUCGGCCAUCGAGCGGACGUCAGGACAUCGUCAGGGUGGAGGAGGAGCAGUAUGCCUCGCGGCGCACCUACGUGGAGCCCCGUACAGGCGCCGUACUACCGCCCGGCACCGGCCUCAAGCUGACCAGGGGGCGCGCGACCAACACCGUGGCCCGAUACUUGCACUCGGCCUCCACCAACACAGAUCACUACCACCACCACCACCACGGGCUGCGGGGACACUAUCCCGCCGGCAGGCAGACCGGCAGGCAGACCGGCCGGCACCACCAGCACCAUCACCCUAGCCACGCCGCGUUCAGUAAUGAGACGCAGGAAGAGAUACAGGAGGACGAUGAAGCCACUCUACGGGAGUUGCUUGUAAGUCUGCAGAAACAGGUCAGCGUUAUGAGUAUGAACUUGAGUGCCAAGCUGGACGAGCUGCAGCGGGGUGACCGCCAGCUGGAGACCACCGUCGCCCUAUGCGAGAUCCGCACGCAGCUGCAGGAGCUCACCAAAAGCGUAGAGUCUUGUCAGAGCGAGGUCAGCGAGGUCAAACGGGACAUGGUCGCGAUCAAGCACGAACUCGAUACGGUACAGCAGGUGAAAGAAGAGAUAGAAGAGUUACGAGUAGUAGUGGAUCGACUAGAAGAACACUCCCAUCGGCGGAAACUUAGACUUUUGCAACAGGGACUCACACUUUUCCUGUCGUAUGCAAUACUGGCUGCGGUUUUAGGAAUGUUGCAGUUCGGAUACAACACCGGGGUGAUUAACGCGCCGGAAGUGAACAUUGAGAAUUUCAUGAAAGACGUGUACAAGGACCGGUACGGGGAGGACAUAUCCGACGACUCCGUGAAGAAAUUGUACUCGGUGGCCGUAAGCAUAUUUGCGAUCGGUGGUAUGCUAGGUGGUUUUAGCGGUGGAAUAAUUGCCAACAGAUUUGGCAGAAAGGGGGGCUUACUGCUAAACAACGUGCUGGGCAUCGUGGGGGCGUGCCUGAUGGGUUGCACAAAGAUUGCUCACUCGUACGAAAUGUUGUUCUUUGGACGGUUCAUCAUCGGUGUCAAUUGUGGCUUAAACACCUCAUUGGUUCCCAUGUACAUAUCGGAGAUAGCACCGCUGAACCUGAGAGGCGGCCUAGGCACGGUGAACCAGCUCGCUGUUACGGUGGGUCUCCUGGUCUCCCAGGUGCUGGGCAUCGAGCAAAUCCUUGGGACAAACGAUGGUUGGCCGGUUCUCUUAGGGCUAGCUAUCUGCCCGGCGAUUCUACAGUUAUUGCUGCUUCCAGUUUGCCCCGAAUCACCAAGAUAUUUGCUCAUUACCAAACAGUGGGAGGAGGAGGCUCGUAAAGCUCUGAGAAGGUUGAGAGCGAGUAACGAAGUGGAAGAAGACAUCGAGGAAAUGAGAGCCGAAGAACGGGCUCAACAAGCCGAGUCUAGAAUAUCGAUGACAGAGCUCAUAUGUAGCCCGACGCUGAGAGCGCCGCUCGUUAUCGGGGUGGUUAUGCAACUUUCCCAACAGCUUUCAGGCAUUAAUGCUGUGUUUUACUAUUCGACGAAUUUGUUCACUAGUUCUGGCUUGACAGAGGAGAGUGCCAAGUUUGCAACCAUUGGCAUAGGUGCCAUUAUGGUUUGUAUGACGUUAGUAUCCAUCCCGCUUAUGGAUAGAACCGGAAGACGUACGCUUCACUUAUACGGUCUUGGUGGCAUGUUUAUCUUUUCAAUAUUCAUCACAAUUUCUUUUCUCAUAAAGGAGUUUUUCGGUUAUGUGCAGGAAAUGAUUGACUGGAUGUCUUAUCUGUCGGUCGUGUCCACGCUAAGUUUCGUGGUGUUCUUCGCCGUUGGGCCCGGCUCUAUACCAUGGAUGAUCACGGCCGAGCUGUUCUCCCAGGGGCCCAGACCCGCCGCCAUGUCGAUCGCGGUUCUUGUCAAUUGGAUGGCUAAUUUUUUGGUUGGCAUUGGUUUCCCGAGUAUGAAGACUAGCCUUGAAAACUACACGUUCCUACCAUUCAGUGCAUUCCUAGCCAUCUUCUGGAUCUUCACGUACAAGAAGGUUCCCGAGACCAAGAAUAAAACAUUCGAAGAAAUUCUAGCGUUGUUCAGGCACGGUAACGACAGGAGCAGCUUGCGGGACAGCAGACUUUAUGGGAGCAUGCUAAACUGUGUGAAUGCAUUAGAGGGACACAUACCGCCGGCAGAGAGUGCAGCCCUGAUGGUGGCCGAGGAGAAGCCACAUCCUGAUUCAUUUGUGUUUGCAGCUGGAUCAGAGCGAUCUUCCGGCGCACCCGCUCAACCGGAGAGACCACCGCCCCCGCUUCCCCCGCCACGCUUUCCGAACAGCGGUGUCUGACAAUGGGGAACAGCUCCUCUUAAUAUCGGUAAUCUAGUGAUCACGAACGCGUCGAUUCUACUGCCGCUGCUGUUCGCCAUCGACAGCUUCACCACGGAAAGUCAACAGUGCGGCGGGAUCACCGCGGAGGGAGGGAAGGCCUGCGCGGCUCUCCUGCGCGACGGUUUCCGUCGAGCCUCGAUCCGAGCCUCGUCCGCCAUCAUCGGCUGAAACGGCAACGGACGAUCUCGAUGCUGUAACCGGGAACGCGUGUCGGCCGAUCGUGCCCUGAAACUGAACCAAGCGAACGAGGAAGCUGACGGACGGAGUCACCUGUUGAUCGUGGCCGAACAAUGUUGAUAACCUCGAACACGAGAGAACGUUUCGCGCGACUCGACGCACGACACGGUUGCCAACGAAAUACGCUUGCACGCGAUGUUAUUUUCGAUACCCUAAGUACCGUAUUGUUCCGCGCGCGCGCACGCACGCACGAGUCCGAAUGUUCUGUGCGUCGCACCGAUGACCGAGCAUGAUUCAGAGUAUGUACAUAUAUACAUACUUUGAACGGACGACGACGGGAGAAUACACUAUAUAUCUAUUUAUGUAGGAAACGGUCCGCGGCGAUGUUGAUACUAGUGUGUAAAACUGGGGACGGAACUAGGCCACGGGGGCGCCGUAAGCCCGCGACACAGAAUCGAACGAAACGUUUGCGAAAGUGAUUGUGCCUAGGCUAUUUGCGAGAACGUUCAGACCAUGAUCACCGUAACAGAAAAAUUGGAACUUCGUGCGACAUCGAAGAUAUUUAGAAGAUACAAAUUGCUAGAUGCGAUGAAUUCGUGUAACUAAACCCCAAAGAGAUAUAUACGGAAAGGUGUACAUCUACUAUAAUACUUCACUUUUAUAUCAUUAAUUUAAUAGGAUUUAUUGCGGUUACAUGACAUUUUGUAUCACUGUCGUCUUUACAACUGAUUGCACUAAAUGAUUAUCUUAUUGAUUCGGUGAAUAUAUUUGAGGAAGCCGCCAACGAUUCCGAGGAUCGCGAGAUGCUCGCAAUUAGGAAGUUGAAGAGAUUCGAUCAGGCCAGGUAUAUUCGAUCCUAGUUUUAACCUGAAAGGAAUUCUUUUUUUUUAUUUUCUUUUUCCCCGUUCGAGAGCCAAACUCGGGGCUAACUCAGAUUUAAUUCAGACCUAGUAAACGAAACAGGAAAGCUAUUAUAUUAUGCUGAAAUUAAAAGAAUUUUUAAAUCGCUAAUUGAAAUUUUUAAUUCCGUGUUCACGAAUACGUUCCUCGAUGUUUCUGAUGUUCCAAGCUCGUUGAAAUCGACGGUGGCUCCCUUGAAUCGUGUAUUUACCAUCGAUUCGUUGAUUGAUAAAUCGAAUUCGGAAUGAAUCUGUCAGCUAAGAUCACGGUCGACCAUAAAAAUCGAGAGAUCGACCAAAUCUCGCUCGGACUAGCUUUUCGACAACGUGAACCCGUUUUAGUGACGUUAAUCGCGCUAUUUAACGUCGUUUUUAAUAUGGUGCCUCUUUUAAUAACAACGUUUGAAAAUCGAUUGUUCGAAGUUGCAACGGUACGCACGGACGCAGCAGUAUAAACACAAACCGGCGGGAGCACACAAACUGUUGCUACGAAAUUCAAAUGCCGCGCAUGCGCGAACGAACUGUCUGUCGCUAGUCUCGAAACGUCGUACCGCAACAGAUUCCAUUUUCCAAAUUUUGUACGAACGUCCCAGACGACUUUGAAAUUCUAACGAAUAUUUGGAUAAAAGAAAAAGUCUACAACAACUAAAAGUUGAUGAUUUACGUUCGAUAAAUUUUAAAGGUUAGUUCUACUAUUGAUACAGCCGUUCUCGAUUGAACAACCAGAUUCGACAGCACCCCCUGCACAUUCGGAGGCAUGCCUUUUCUUACUACAUUUCGUCGUUGACAUUUUACACGAGAAUGCACAUAAUUUGAUGUUAACGCAAGCUCUUCGGGACAAAAGCUUCCCCUUAUAUGUAUGUAUAUAUAUGUAUAUACUGUAUACUUCUAUCGUACUUACCGCGUCGUUGCAUAAGCAAUUGUAUGAUAAUCCUAUACUAUUCGACAUAGUACAUCCGAUUCCGUGUCGUCAAUGCGAAUAUUUAAUCUGUUUCGACGCUGAAAUGGUUUCUAGUUUCUACCGAUCGCCUCGCCUCGCUCGAAACGAGGCGGCCAUCGACUGGAAACACCGACACUGUUGGACGCUGUCCGAAGCGACAUCUUCGAACUGGAGAACGAACAACGUUCGAACGUCCGUUCUUCGAAAUAAUAUGUGAAUUACCGACACCACGAAACAAAUUUUAUAAUACAAAACAUGAAAUUCUGAUUUCUAAUUAGGCGAAGAUUAGAGUUGUUAUUCGAGUCAAGUUUUGCGUUGCCUUUAUUUUGCUUGCACGUGUUAUCCGAUCGGAAGAGAGAACGAAAUAUAUAAUAAUAUAUUUAACGCGUUUCAAUCGUUGAGAAGCGGACAUUGCAAAUUCUUAGACGGCUUGGAAAGUUUUCGUUUUUCUUUGGGAAACAACGUACUUGUCCGUCGUGUAGCGAACCCUGUCAAUGCUGUCGGUUGAAACACUUUCAUGUUAGCUUGUAUCGAAUAAAAUUAAACACUUUCAAGUCGGUUCGUUAAGCGAAGCAUGGCAGCGUAAUCACCAUACUAAUUAUGUAGAAUAGAACGAAAAAAGUAAAUGACUAAGCGACAUAUGUGUGCUAAAAUCACAUGUGUGCUAAAUUAACGAAAACGAAUGAAAGGAACACUUUAAUUAUAAGCUGUCCAAAUCAUACAGAAUCAGUGAGAAAGGCAAUAAACGCUAUGGAACUGAAACUUA